UAAAAAAGUAUUUUGUCGCAGCAAAUAAUAAUAGAAGUCACAGUGCGUUUUUUUUUAAUUGGUUAUUAAUUUUAACUAAAGAAAAUCCAAAUUUUGGCCGGAAGCAUAUAUAAAGUAUAGAAACACAAAAUAAGAUUCUGCGAAUUCACUUGUUAAUAAAUGCUAAGUUAGUUGCAAAAGUAACAUAAAUCAUUGCUAACGUAAAAUACAUCUUGUUUGGCGCGUUACGAGGAAGAUGUGCAAAUUUUGUAUCGCAAUAGCUUGUGUGAAAUAAUAUAUGUAAAUUGUGCGGAGACUGUUAUCAAUCAAAUCAAUUAAUAUGUAAUUAUUAACUGAGCAGAAAAUUUAUAUUAAAUUAAUCAAGAAAAACAAAAGAAAAAAUACACUUGAAAGACGAAAAAGUUUCCAAUAAUGAAAAAUCCAGUAAUCGGGGCUAAGACGUGCUUCGUGUUUUGUAAAGGUAACGGUUUUAAGUGUCAAUACUAGGAUUUUGACUUCAGAACAGAAACAAAAAGCCAAAAAAAUCAAUUAAAAUUUUAAAGCAACGCAAACAAGGCUAUCUUUAAUGACUGUAUAAAAACCAAAAAAAAAAAAAAAAAAUAUUAAAGAUAUGUAACUGAUUAGAUGAGUAAAAUAUUUGCAAAAGUGCUUAAUCCUAAGAAAAAGAAGAGCAACAUCGUAUAUUCGUUAGUUGAAAUAAAUUUGUUGGGAGAAAAAAAGGCGCAGUCUUGAUUGCAAUUAUCUUCUACUGUUGUUGCAGUUAAUAUUAUGACAAGUUGUUAGUGCGGCGUGCUGUACUGUCGCUAGUAUUGCUUGCUUAUUUAAAUUUUCCGCUUGUGUACUGUUUCAUUUUUUUUUCUACUUUCCGAAGUUACACUACAGUAAUGCAACAAUAAGCAAAAGCAAAGGUACAAAACGUGUUACACUAAGAAGAUUGCGUGAAUGAGUGUGUUUGUGUCAGUUGGUGACAUGUUUUGUUAGUUGUAUUCUUUCGAACGCGUGUAAAAAUAUACAUGACAAAACAAAAAAUCAGUGAAACCAUACAAGAUACUCAAAUGCAAACAAACAGCGUAGCAGACAUAACACAAUUAAACUAUGAAAAAUUGCAAAUAGCAUUUUGUAUUUGUAUUUGAAUAUGUUAGCAACAAUUUAUUAAGAUAAUUAACAGUAUUCAGAAAAAUAAAAGCUAAACUAUACUUAAUAAAUUGUAAAUAUGUAACAGCGUGUGUGUGUAUUCGUUCUUCAAUAGUUAAUUGAGUUAUUUAUAAAUAAAAAUAUAAAAAAUCAAAUGUAAAAAAAUCUAGUGAACAAGUGAAAGUUAUAUUCUUAACAAUACAAAUAACUUGAUUGUAAAAUAAAACUUUUAUAAGGAUUAUACGCCUCGAGGUUUUACAAAAUGAAGUGUAUACGGUAUAGAAGAAAGAUCACAGAUUUCUAAACAAGUUGACAUUUUCAAAAACUCUCGCGUAAAAACCCGUGACAAAGUUUUUAUGUUAUCCCAUAUAGAUGCUCUUCGCAAUAUUGUCUAUAAUGAAAGCAGGAUUAAGUAUAGGAAAGUGUUCUAUUGGCGGAUUACUCGAACGGUUGUGAAUUCGGUGCGGCAAACUAGAGAAUGUUAACAUAAGAUGUCUUGAUUCCAGUUCAUUCUAGCAUCCCUUCAACUAACCGAUCACCUCAGUAAUACUCAUUCACUUUAAAUUAGAUAAAAUCAUCAACAAUCGAUCGCGAAGGAGACGACCAUAAAUAACAAAAACCAACAAAGGAAAGCAAAAAUAUGAAUUCCGUUAUAUCUGCAUUUAAAACAAAAAAGAAUUCCAGCAGCAAUGCGGGGCCCGUUCAAACGAUGGCUAAUAACGAUAAACAACACAAUAGUUUGGGUCUGAUCAGCAGCACGCUGUCAACGACAAGCUCCAAGAAGAAAGCCAUUAAUGCGCAAGAUAAUAGUUAUCAAUACUUGAGGCAUAUUAGGGAAAUUGAUACGGCGACAAAGCUGCUGUCUCCGGUAGUAAUGGCAGAUGAUUUAUUAGAAACGGAAAUGUUAAAUUUCCGUCCAGCCACCGUAACACCAAUGACCAGUGUUGACGUAGUCGAUCAUGUGCCUAUAGUACAAACAGUGCGAAUAACAUCGGGCUUGGAUCGCGCACCAUCCACUGAUUGUAAUAUGAACGGUUCGAAACAGAUAACAUGUGAACAAGCAGCAGCUCCAUCAGCUGUUUUAGAGAAUGGCAAUUGCAAUGACGUAGCGGUGGAUAGUAUGACCGCUCUAAAUGGUCAACUUACGAAUGCUAAUAGUAGCAGUCCCACACAACAUUUGGUGGAUGCUGCUGACGAUGAUGAAUCCGAACAUUCAAUUACAGCUUGCACCAGCACAACCAGUAGCAGUAGUUCCAGCGAGCAUAGCAACAGUACAGUUGUUCAUAGCCCAAUAGCAACACAAUUGCCCCUGCAGCAACAACAACAACAACAACAACAAGCACUACCAGUAAGCCCCGCCAAAAGUCUGAAUUUGAGUCUGAACAGCAGUAGUAGCUCAUCAUCGACUCUAUCGUCAACUUCGUCGUCAUCAUCAGCAUCAUCGUCGUCGUCAUCAGCAUCGGCAUCGGCAUCGACAUCGGCAUCGACAUCGUCAUCAUUGUCUUCGGCAGCAAGUCCAUUUACAACCGCUUCAACCUCUUCUUCAGCUUGUGUGGCUUUAUGUAAUUCCGGUCCAAGUUCUUGCAGUUCAAUAACAAGUUGUGAUGUCUCUUCCACCUGCUCGUCUCUGAAUGCCAACGAAACCUCGGCUCCAUCUUCUCCCACCUUGGUAACACGAUCUUCACAUAUGAACACAGAUUAUAUGCCGGCAUUCCUAAAAUCCUCUCAUGUGACGCUCCCCAUUAUUAUGCCAAACAGUAACAGCAGCUUAGCUACAUUGCCUACAAGUAACCAGUGCAUCAACUCAGCUGCCACAACACCGAAACAUUCACGCUAUUCUAAACCACGUUUAAGCUUAAGUCGUUUCAUUAAUCAUUCAAUGCCUUCGGUUCAUGGUAGACCAAAUAUGAGCAUACCGGGAGCAGCGACUUCGGGCUCAUCUGUCGCAGGUACAGGCAGUCCCACACAAACAAAUGGUACAAAUCCUCCAAAACGCGCAUCGACACAUCAGAGAAAUUUAAGUUUGGAUUUCAGAUCUAUGGGUAUUCUAUUGCCUCCCGUAUCUCAAGUGACCAAUACCCGCAUUAAUUUGACCCAACAUCAUCGUAAUCGUAGUCUAGACAGCGCUUUACAAAGAAUACCAGAGGUUGAGGUUUCGUCCCCCAAUGCCGAGAGUGAGAAUACAUUUUGUACUCCAUCAAUACUUGGGUCUACAAUGUGCUCGAAAAUUGUAACAACAGCAGCCAAUGUUACGGCUGCUUUAACUACCACUCAAACGCCCGCAUUAACGUCAUCAACAGCUAAACAGUCACCGGCAGCCUCAUCCGUAGCUACUGAAAUUGUAUCCACCACAGAACCCACAAGUAAUUUGAUAAAAAUAGUAACAACGACCGUGGAAACAUCAGCGCCAACAACAUCAAAAACAUUAUUGUCCGUAGCCACCCAUAAUAAUAUCGUAAAUCGCAGUGUUAUUGUUGAGCCUUAUUGUUCUUCGUUACGCACACGACCUAAGUCGCAAAAUAGUGAAGACUCUAACGUUUCAACAGCCGCAACCACAACAAACAUACAACAAACGCCUUCUUCCGCCUCAAAUGUCUCCUUAAAUGGUUCGUCUUCAACAGCUUCCACAUCCUCAUUUACGGUUAAUGCUAAUAACGGCUUAACUGUAGGCUCUAAUACUAAUACAAGCGGUAAUAAUAAAAAACGCGAAGAUCUUACCAGCUUAGGUUCAGACGAUUCGGGGAUUAUUUGUGGCUCAGAAUCAGAUCAAAUUUCAUUAAAUCGCAUACGACAUUCCCAUGAAUCUUUAGAUUCUGGCGAAAUGGAUCCCGAAGAAGAAUGCAUUGAUAUGUUAGAGACCACAUCCAUGGACGAGGAAUAUAAUAUGUUGCAAUCGGAUUUAUGUUUCUAUCAAUCACCGGAGACAGAUUGCCGAACUUUGAGGCCGACCAGAAAAAAGACGCAAACACCUAACGCGGUAGUGACAAUUACUCCAAACGAAGACUGCAAGCAAUUGGAAGAGUUAGAUAAAGAGACAACUGACGCCAGAGCUGCUGGAGAUGCUGAAGAAAUAAGUGAACGCAAACGUUAUCGCGAAAUGAAUAUGUCCCAAGCAGCGAUUAAUAUGGAACGCUCAAAAACAAACACUGAGGGCUUAGAAAUAAAGGUAAACAUUGCUGGUAAUACCAUCGCCACUCCCACACCAACUUCAGAUGUUGUAGAUUGCGUUAUUGCAUCGACAACCAAUACAUCCAAUGUCGCUACCACACUAGCAUCCGCUGGGAACAAAUCGCAAAAAAAUAACGACUCAUCAACACCGUCAGCCACCACAACACCCGUUGAAAAUCCCAAAAAUGACGUAUUAUUUAAAAAUUUCUUUGGAGCCACCAAAAACGCCAUUUUUCGAACAGCUCAAAGCAUUAUCGAGAAUCAUGAAAAGAAAAAUGCCUCAAAACAGCAGAGCAACAAAAACGGGGAUGACUUAUCUAAUUCUGGUGUUGCUGGAGCUGGUGGUAGUGGCGGAAGCAGCGCCACGACGGUCGACCAAGUAAAAUCGCCAACAGAUAUAUCAAAGAAAAAAGAAUUUUUCGGUUUGCUUUCUACAAAUGCCAGCAAAAAGGCAGCGGCAGCUGCUGCAGCUGCUGCUGCCGCUGCGGCCGCCGCAAAUACUUGCUCAUCAAAUUCAACGCCGGCAACUACCCCGCUUGAGCAGCCGAUAAUCGACAAAUCCUUAGAGAAGGAAUUGUCGGAAUGCAUAGAGAAGACUUUAAAUUUACAAGUGCCACCUGCCUCGACCUCGACCAUUUCAUUUAGCGCUACCUCCAUAUCGAAAUCAUCUUCCAUAUCAUCAUUAAAUAAACUCAAGGUGCCCGGCGUGGUCAAAUGUUUCAUCAAAGAGCGUCCGAACAACGCUCCUGAUGCAACCAAUCAACAAAAGACUGAAAAGGGUCCCAGCGGCCUGUUGAGAUUUUUUGAAUCACCAGUUUUUAAUAUACAUUUUGCCAUCCAUUACUUGUUCUAUUCCAAGGAACCAGGUGUUCUUAGUUUUAUCGGCAAUAAAAUUUUUAGUUUUCCCGAUCAGGAGGUGGAUCUUUAUAUACCGCAAUUAAUUGUAAUGUAUAUACAAAUGGAUGAAUUAGCUGAAGUUUUAGACCCCUAUCUAACUAUACGUUGCCGUAAAUCAGUGGACUUCUCUCUUAAGUGCCUAUGGUUGCUGGAAGCCUACAAUUAUCAGCCGGUGGAUACUAUGGGCAACCGAAAAUCGCAAUUGGCUCUGAUGAAAGAAAUCUAUUCAAAAAAAGAGAGAAAAUUAAUAGGAGGGAAAACUGAGCUAAAAGAAUCUACGCAGACAUCCGCAAGCAGCUCUUUAACAGCCUUAGCAAAGAAAACUCAUCAUCGCUCGCAAUCAGAUGCCACUGUUUUAUUAGCAGAUUCGAGACAUUUAAAUACUACAUUAAGUAUUUCGAAUCGAUUUUAUCAACAGCCCCCCUAUACAACACAAACCUUGCCAGCCACUCCUGCUAAGCUCUGCCUAGGGGAUUUGACUUCGGGUAGGGCCUUCGAUAACGGCUGCACCUGCUUUGAAACGGUACGUGGUCAGUUUAAUGAUUUACUUGGCCAGAAGACUGUCUGCGCAUGCAGUGCACCCAAGACUGCACCGCAAAAGGAAUUCAUGAAGGCUCUCAUCAACGUGGGCAAAAACCUGACAGCUUUGAUAACCAAGGCGGAGAAAACGUCGGCAUUGCGCAUGUUUUUGAAUUUGAUAAAUAAAAAUUUGCCCGCCCGUGUUUGGCUUCCACUAUAUUCAGACAUUCCGCACCAUGUGGUGCGUAUAACAGAGGAAAAGACUGCUGUACUCAAUUCUAAAGAUAAAACGCCCUAUAUUAUUUACGUGGAAGUAGUCGAAGUAACCGACAUAUACUCGUCGUCAUUAAUACCGAAAAUGAUGCCCUCAUUACGUCACACCAAAUCCGAGGAACAUUUAGAGGCUGGUGGAGUUAGUGCGAGCGCAACGAUGUGCCAACAUCAACAACAUGCUCAUCAACCGCAUCUAAUAUGCAGUCGUACAUCGAGUUGCAGCAGCAACAGCGGCAAAUUGGGUUGUCAACGCAAAAAGGAUAAACUGUUAUCGGGAUCUUCCUCGUCGGUGGGCUCUGGCGAGCCGGGUGCAAAUGUAGCAGAUCAUAACAGCUGCAGUAGUAGUAGUGGUGGGGGUGCUCUCAUUUUAACGCCUCCCCAACUCCAUGAAGACGAUGUUUGGUCACAGGAGGAUGAUGAGAUUACUGCGCAAUAUUUGCAUAUGCGAAAAAUGCGCAACAAUUGCGAACGGGACGCUAUAUCGCAAAUGUCAUUGGAUUCAUGCGACUCGAGAGAUCCAGGCAUGCCUGUACUAUUCAAUAUAGGAGAUGUGCGAACACGCCACUGCAAUAAUUUAAGUUGCGAAAAUACAAAAUCGUUUAGUAACGAUCCCGAAGACCCAUCAGCAGCAGCACUUAAGGAACCAUGGCAUGAAAAGGAAAAGCAAAUACGUGAUUCUUCACCGUAUGGCCAUUUAAGUAAUUGGCGUUUGCUGUCGGCUAUAGUUAAGUGUGGUGAUGAUUUGCGGCAAGAAUUGAUGGCCACACAACUCUUACAAAUGUUCAAAAUAAUUUGGCAAGAGGAGAAUGUCGAUUUAUGGGUGCGUCCUUAUAAGAUUGUCUGCCUGUCGAACGAUAGCGGUCUGAUCGAGCCCAUACUAAAUACAGUUUCAUUGCAUCAAAUUAAAAAGAACUCCAACAAAUCGCUCUAUGACUAUUUUGUUGAUGAAUAUGGACCCUCUGAUAGUGAUGCUUUUCGUUUGGCCCAAAGGAAUUUCGUGCAAAGUUGUGCAGCGUAUUGUAUAAUAUCGUAUUUGUUGCAAGUCAAGGAUAGGCAUAAUGGCAAUAUACUGUUGCACUCGGAUGGCCAUAUCAUACACAUCGAUUUCGGUUUUAUUUUAAGCAUAUCGCCCAAGAACUUGGGAUUUGAACAAUCGCCCUUCAAAUUGACUCCAGAAUUCGUUGACGUAAUGGGUGGCACGAGUUCGGAACAUUGGCGUGAAUUUAAUCAUUUAUUAUUGGUUGGCAUGAUGACGGCACGGAAACAUAUGGACCGUAUUAUCAAUUUUGUGGAAAUUAUGCGCAGCAACGCUCAAUUGCCUUGUUUCAAGAAUGGUUGCUCAGGAACAGUGCAGAAUUUACGUAAACGUUUCCAUAUGAAUUUAACCGAACAAGAAAUGGAACGCAAAGUUGAACAAUUGGUGCAAGAUUCGUUGAAGAGUCUGUCUACCAAAUUAUACGAUGGUUAUCAAUACUACACGAAUGGAAUAUUGUGAGAAAGGUUUUUCAUGAAAAUCUAAAGAAAAUCCCUACAAACGAAUGGGGGCAAAAGGGCGAAACUAAGAACCAACAACAAAUAACAGCGAAGGUAAAUGAAGUAAAAUCAAAUAUAAAAUAAAUUAUAUUAAAAUAUAAGGAAGCGAAGCCAAGUUGUAGGUUUAGAUCAAAUGAAGUUUUAGUUUACGUUGUAAUAA